AUGCUCUUUGUAGGAAUAAAGUUUGGAAGCAGCAACUGGAGCCAGAUAGAGUUAUUCCAUGCUGGCAGAAAGAUCACGAUUUGUGGUCCGGUAGAAUCAAAAUGUCGUCUCCCUAGAAUUAGUGUCCAGACUGCCCAGGCUGUCCUGCCAGGUUGUCCACUUGCAAUUAAACGACGUGUACCUGACGAUGAUAUUUGCAAUACAAUCAGGAUUGUACAGAAUACAUCAAACCUCUCAGCUGAUUAUGAAUGUGCUGUUGAAUAUAUAAAGUUGAAGUGGGAGUACAGCAAGUCAGGCAAACUCAAAGCAACAACUUAUAAGAUCAUAAAGCAUAUUCUCAAGACAAUAGACAGCAUAGUUCAUAUUGUCACUGCCGAAUGUGAGAAUUCAUACUUUACUGAAAUCAAGAAGGGAAAAUGCCCCCAUCCAAAGCCGGUACACGGGUUUAGGAUGGAUAUAAGGCUUGUAGUAGAAGUAGAAGAAGAGAUUGAUGUUGCUGUUGGCAAAUGA